CAAAUGACAUGUAAACACAAGUGAUAAAUGAAACUUGAGCCUGAGAAAGGUAAUAAUCUCUAUAAAAAAUAGUGUUUUUAUCAUUUUUUAUAUCAGUAAGCACUCAGUAAGAAUUGUAAACAAAAAGUUUUAAAUGUUUAAUAAAUAUACAUUUUAAAUUUAAAGAAAUGGGAUCCACUAGCUCUCAUUUUCAAGACACAUUUUCUGAAAUAUUUACUGAAGAUUCCAUAAACACACUUCUAUCAGAUGAAAUAAACAAAUUAACCUAUGAUGAUUUCCUUAAUUUAGUUGGAGAAUUAAAUUUAUUAUCCAAAAAAUGUCUAGAUGCAAAUGGAAAUCAGUUGGUAUUUGCUGUGAAGAAAGAUACAGAUUCCUCAAUAUUUUGGAAAGCUACAGUGCAAAUAGCAUGUGUUAAAAUCGAUCCAGAAUGCCAGAAAGUCAUUACAUUUAGACUUCUAUCACUCAAUGAAUUUAUUAAAGUAUUUAAAACAUUAAAGUGCCAAACUAUGGCUGUGGAACAAUGUGAAAGCAAUAAUGAUAAAGAAGAUGUAGAAGAGGAUAUGUCAAUAUCUGGAAUAUUAGAUAGGGUAUCUGAAUCCAGUGCAGAUAGCCAAUCCAUAUGUUGUAUUUGUUUUGAAAGGAAACAGGAAAUAUUAUUACCUUGUGCUCACAGUUAUUGUUUACCUUGUAUAGAAGAAUGGAAUGAAUGUCAUGAUACUUGUCCCAUUUGCAGGGAAAGGUUAGACAGUACAGAUGAUACUUGGGUUCUAUCAGAUGUACCGAAGGCAGAAGAAAUUAGUAAAGAAAUACGUGAAAACCUUUUAGAUCUGGCCAAUAAAGACAGAGCAUCAGCUUGCACUCCGUUUUAACAAUAUACCUACAUUUUUUUUGUUACACAUUGGAGAAAAGUGGACUUAGUAUCACAGUUUAGUGAAAAGUAUUUGUUUCUAUGAGAUAUAUUUUAAUAAGUACAAAGUUACAUUUGUUAGCACUUUCAUAUUGGUUGACUGGUUGCUGUGUACACAGCUUUUACGAAGUAAACAUGUGUUAUGUACGACUCAUAUAGUAAUAAUUGCAAUGAAUACUAGAAUUGCUCUGUAAAUUCUUAUCUAAAAAGUACUCUCAUGCACAAAAACAUCGAAUAUUUUGAAAUUGUCAUGUGAAGUGAAAUUUUUUGUGCUGCAAUCCUUAGCCCUCCCAGUGUCAUAGGAAUAGGAUUUCUUUUCCGAAUGAGAUGUUGUAAAGUGUCACAUAAAUGUUCGAUCGGAUUUAAAUCUGAGAUGGGCUAUAUGGUGGCUAAUAAUAUAAUCUUUUAAAUUUAAUCUCAUCAAGAUAAGUAUUCACUAUUCUAGCGACACGAGGACGUGCGUUAUCAUGCAUCAGCACGAAUCUGUAUCUGUCAUAUCUUCUAAUAUGGUUGGCAAACGGCAAAACGUGAUCUUCUAAAAUGUUUUCAAUGUAAAUGCCAGCUGUCUUUCUCCCAAUCUCCGCCACAAGUUCGCUAUGUCCUUUCCAAGCAAUACCGUCCCAUAGCACUAUGCCACCACCACCACCACCAAAACUAACUCUCUGUAUGAGGUUCUUAACUAGCAUAACGUUCCCCAUAAGGAAGCGAGAUUGACGAAAUUUCGUCUACAGAAGAAUUGGCGAAUGGCAUGCCAAUUGCAACCUCAUCAUCAGCCUCUCAAUCCACUGCUGCACAUAGGCCUCCCCUGUUUAUCUCCAAAGUGUUCUAUCUUGUACUUUCUG